AAAUAAUAGACUCAGGUAAACAAACACCCCUUUGUGAGAGUGUUUCUUGGCUAUAUAUAGCCUCCCUCUUCUCCCAUUACCUUCCUCCCCAUCCUCCACCAUCACCCGCCCCGGAACAAGCCAACCCAACACCCCAACACCCUCACCAACACUUCCAACUCAACCACCCACCCAAACCCCCCCUACAAAACCAAGAUGUCUGGACGCGGAAAGAGCGGCGGAAAGGGACUCGGAAAGGGCGGUGCCAAACGUCACCGUAAGAUCUUGCGGGAUAACAUCCAAGGCAUCACUAAGCCUGCCAUCCGAAGACUUGCCCGUCGAGGAGGAGUCAAGCGAAUCUCCGGCCUGAUCUACGAAGAGACCCGCGGGGUGCUCAAAAUCUUCCUAGAGAAUGUCAUCCGAGACUCAGUCACCUACACCGAACAUGCCAAGCGGAAAACAGUCACCUCUCUCGAUGUGGUCUAUGCUCUCAAACGCCAGGGUCGAACACUUUACGGCUUCGGCGCAUGAGCUACCUUGCUCCCCCCCUUCCCUCGGUUUCAGCCUAUCUGCCCUUCAAACUUGUUAUUGUUGUGACUUCUUCAGAACUGUCUUGUAUUUCCAGUUGUUUUUUUUUCGUGUGCGUGCAUCUAUAGGCAUCAAUAGAACACAGAUCACUCUGUAUAAUUAUCAUACUUAGCUUCUCAACAAAUCGCUUCAGUGCAUUCACGGCAAAUCAGCCCGAUUGUCAAGAUAUUGUUCAAACACAUUUACCCACCUCGGGUUUGCCUUCCAUUGACUUUCACCAUCAUUGGGUAAUGAGUUAUUGUUCCACAUUCACUGGCAUGACCGAUUGAGGAGAGACGACUACCACAUAUUUACAUACACCCCCACCCAGCUUGAACAUGCAUUUAUUAUUGAUUCGUAACUCAAUUGAAUAAUGCAAAGAUAACGUUAGAACUUUGCCUGCUUCUUUGCUAGCGCAUUAUUUCUGAGCUAUGUGGCUGCAUGGUCAUCCACUUCCUUGCUCCAACA